UUGGCGCUAAAAGCAGCAUUAUUCAUUGUGUCCGUGUUUUUCUUUAUGUUUUGAUUGUUGUUAAUAUUUUCGCAACAUGGGCAUUACCGGCCUAAUCCCCUUCGUUGGCAAGGCCUCACCGUUGCAACUGAAGAAUAUCCGCGGCAGCACGGUGGCCGUGGACACCUAUUGUUGGCUGCACAAGGGAGUUUUUGGUUGCGCUGAAAAGUUGGCCCGCGGCGAGGACACGGAUAUAUACGUCCAGUACUGCCUCAAAUACGUCCAGAUGCUGCUCUCGUACGACAUCAAGCCGAUUCUGGUCUUCGACGGACAGCAUCUGCCUGCCAAGGCCCUAACUGAGAAGCGACGUCGGGAGUCGAGGAAACAGAGCAAGGAGCGUGCUGCGGAACUAUUGCGACUGGGACGCAUCGAGGAGGCCCGUUCGCAUAUGCGUCGCUGCGUGGACGUCACCCAUGACAUGGCGCUACGGUUGAUCCGUGAGUGCCGCAGCAGGAACGUGGAUUGCAUUGUGGCGCCGUACGAAGCGGAUGCCCAGAUGGCUUGGCUCAAUAAGAUGGAUGUGGCACAGUACAUCAUCACCGAGGACUCAGAUUUGACGCUCUUCGGUGCUAAGAAGAUCAUCUUUAAGUUGGAUUUAAAUGGCACUGGGCUGCUAGUGGAGGCGGACAAGCUGCACCUGGCCAUGGGGUGUCGAGAAAAAUACCACUUUGACAAGUUCCGUCGCAUGUGCAUCUUAUCCGGCUGUGACUACCUGGACUCCCUGCGCAUUGGACUGGCCAAGGCCUGCAAAUUCAUCCUUAAAACGGAACAGGACGAUAUGCGGAUAGCAUUGAAGAAGAUACCGAGUUACCUCAACAUGCGAAAUCUGGAGGUGGACGACGACUACAUUGAGAAUUUCCUCAAGGCGGAGGCCACUUUCAAGCAUAUGUACGUCUACAAUCCUCUGCAGCGUCGCAUGGAGCGACUUUGCACUAGAGAUUAUGACACCGAUGAGCGCUAUUGCAGCAAUGCUGGUAUCUUGCUGGAGGAUAGCGAUCAGGCAUUGCACUUGGCUCUUGGCAACCUAAAUCCCUUCUCACUGAAGCGACUGGACAGCUGGACACCGGAGAAGGCAGCACCGCCGCCAUCUUCAAAGAAUAUAAAGCGGGCCAAGCACAAGAGCAUUUGGGAAGGAAAGUCGAAGGACGAGCAGUGCAUCAUAGCGAAAAAGGAGGGAGCUACGUGUGCCUUGUUCUUUAAAAAGGUGGACUUUGUGAGCAAGACUGUGGACGAAGAGAUCGAGACGAAUCAGCGCUUGGAGGAAGCCAAGAAAACGGAGGCUCAGGUAUUUACCAUGUAUAGUUUUAAGGCGAAACGAAGGCGGAGUCCUAGCAGGGAGGGUUCUCUGGACAGAGAGGCAACACCACCGCCUUCUCCGAUCCAGACCCGAAGCCGACACAAUCCCUUUGCCAAAGAGCGCUCUGCACAAGAUCCCCUCCAGCGAUCGCCGGUGGUGUGCGAGAAUGCCUCCCUGCUCCGUCUACUCAGUCCCAAGAAGGCGAGUCCCUUGGGAGAGGGAACGGAUGAGAAGCGGGUAAACUCCCUGAAGAGAAGCAUAUUUUCCAAGGAGUCCGUUGAGGUGCGAAGUCGUUUCUUUUCCACACAAGCUGAGCAACAGACAAGGCUGUCAAAGAAGCAGGCAAGCCAGCAAGAAGAGGAUAAAGACGAGGAUAUAAAACUAAGCGCAAGUUCUAGCCACAAGAAGUUAAGACUUUCAGUAGAAGACACUCAAGAAAGACAAUGUUCCAAUUCACCAGACAGCGAGACGCGAACAAAAACUGAAGCUAAAGACAAUCCUGCCAUUGAAGAGUCGGCAAAUACUCUGAUAGAAACACCUAAAGCAGACACAAAGACUGGCACAAAAAUACGUAUGAAACCACUUGAUCUACUGGUUGAUCCCGCCGAUUCCGAUAGCAAUAACAACGAGGCAAUCAUCCUGCUCUCCGACGACAGCUGCAGUUCUGAGUUGAAUCCAUCCAGCAGCCAGGAGGCAGCCUCCUCAGCCUCAUCCUCCAUUAUCCUGCAACGCCAGAAUUCCCUGCCAUUGGGCAGGAGAAGAGUGGGCCUCAGCAAGCCCUCGAUCACUGCCAACAAAAAGGGUACACCCAAGACCAAGACAAACGGCAAGCUGGGCGCCGUGAGCGACAAUCAAACUAAGCUCAGCAUGUUUGGCUUCCAGAAGAGGCCUGUGCUCAAAUAGCUUGCCAUUUUUAGACUCUGUAACCGUAGAUUAAUCUAAUUUAUUAAAGUGAAGAAAAGAACUGAA